AUGGGUCCACAGAAGCAACACAGCGAUGCAGUUCAUUGGUUCAUGAAUGAUUUAGGUAGCCGCGUGGUUGCUAAGUCUGGGAUUGCGUCAGACAAAUUUCACAUUGGAAAACUUACACUUCAGAGCUUUAAGGAUGCACCAGAUCACAUAUUGCAGAUUGAUGGCGCAACCGGUGAAUCCCAAACGUUUCGAUCGGCUUUGGAGAGAUCAGUUCGAUGCGCGACCGCAUUUCGAGCUUUGGGCCUGAAGACAAACGAUGUCAUAGUAGUGAGCGGUCCAAAUCACAUUGACCUUACUACACCGAUUUACGCCGCGUUCUAUUUGGGGAUAAACGUGGCAUGUAUGGACCCAACACUAGGAUUGAAGGAACAACAAGAUACAUUCCAAAUAUGCCUUCCAAAAUUGAUUUUGUGCCAAAGUGACAAAGAAAAAGAAGCUAAACAGGCAGCGAAAAACUUAAAUCUAGAUGUUAUUAUCGUGACAUUUGACAAAGGGACAAACAAUUGCAACUUCUCUGAUUUUCUUGAAAAGUAUGGAGACAACACGCCCGUCGAGAAAUUUGAACCUGCUAAUUUUGACACGGAUGAUACUAUUGCAUUAUUGAUUUCUACUAGUGGCACUACUGGAGUACCCAAAUGCGCCGCGCUCACUCACAAAAAUCUUAUGAUGGGUUGGCCCACUAUGUGGGUUACAAGGUGGAAAUUCCCAACGCCGGUCGAAAAUGCUCUUGUCUUAUCACCUAUCCAGUGGGUUUCAGCUACGAGCAGCUUCGUUAUGUCUCCCCUUUUAAGAUUUACACGAAUUCAAAGCUCACUGCCUGCUACUACGGAGCAUUUGUAUUUCCUAAUCAACAGAUAUAAGCCUUCAUAUAUGAUGGUCAGCCCUAACACAAUGACAUCGUUAUUGAAACCUGGAGAUCGUGAACAAUGCGACUUUAGCUGUUUUAAAAUAAUUUUAUUGGCAGGUAGUGCUGUACCAAAAACACUGUUAGAAACAGUGCAGAGAGUUAUACCCAAAGUGUCUGCUUUAAUUGGUUAUGGAAUGACUGAAGUGGCAACAGUUGUACUAAACCCAGUUUACUCUACGGCAGACUCCUGUGGCGUGACCCUGGGUAGCUUUCAAUAUAGAUUAGUGGAUCCGGCGACAGGAAAAGAUAUAGUCGAAUUUAACAAACCAGGAGAGCUUUGGAUAAAAGGACCAACAACUUUUAAGGGAUAUUACAACAAUCCUAAAGCGACGGCAGAAAUGUAUGUGGAAGACAAAUGGGUUAAAUCAGGUGACAUUUUCUAUGUAGAUGAGAACGGCAAAUACUACUUCGUCGACCGAUUAAAAUUGCUCCUAAAAUAUCGAAACCACCAGAUAUCACCGAUAGAAAUCGAAUCCACCAUCCGUAAACAUCCAGGCGUGCUAGACGUCGCAGUGACCGGAAUCGCUGACUAUGAGUGUGGUGAACUACCAGUCGCAUGUAUUGUGCCCCACGAAAAUUACCGAAUGACUGCCCAAGAAAUAAAAGAUUUAGUCAAAGAAUCACUAUCGGAUUCCAAACAACUGAGAGGAGGGGUGAUAUUUAUGAAAGAACUACCAUUAACUUCCAGUUCUAAGGUGAAUAGGAAUAAGCUUAAAGAAAUGAUC